UGUUCUUUUUUUUUUGUGUGUCAAGAAUGUCUGUGAUUUUAAUCUCAGAUAAUGUAAAGAAUUCUGAACUUGGAAAGUUAUUUAUUAGAAAAGAGUUAGCAAAGUAGAAAAAUAUUUUGUCCAAGAAGCCAUAUGAUUUGGAGGCUUCAUUUGGAACACAAUUAUUUGAUUUAUGCUCACCCAGUUUGAACUGGUUUGGAAUUGCUGCAUCCAUUUGCACUAUAUUUCAAAAAUUAACCUGCACGUAUUGUUACUUUUCGCAUCUCUUCAGAAAACCUGCAAGCCAUAUGUUAUGUAUAUAGCAUGUCUUCCAGCCGAUCUUUAUCUGAUUAGCUGUUAUUUUGUUUGUACUAUUUUGCAGAUGAUUGACGAUCAAGACUUGGGAUUCUUUGCCAAUUUCCUUGGCUUAUGUAUAUUUAUUUUGGUAAUUACUUAUCAUUAUGUCAUGGCUGACCCAAAAUAUGAAGGAAAUUAAUACUAAACUGACGAUGCUUUAGAACUUUCAUUGAGCGAUAUGGAGACAUUUGCUAUUUGGUGUUACAAGGGUAACUCAGAUCAUAAAUUUGAUGAUAGUUUUGUCAUGAGGAACUUUCAGCUUUCAUUCCAACAAAAUGAAUUGGUACACUGCUUUUUCCUGCUUUAUAUGAAAAGCUCAUAAUAUCUUGUUAGCAGUCCUUUCUGAUCAAAA